CAGCCUACAAAAUGAGAGAGCCAGCAGCGCUGGAGGAGCAGAUGUGAGAGGCGCACUGCACGGGCCAGAUGCGCAGUGAUAAUUAGCAGCGGAUAUAUUAACGGGAAUAACCGGAUUAUGAGGAAUUGAGGGUGGAGAAGUCACCAGAAUCCGGUGUCAUACAAGGCGAGGGAUUAAGUUAGACGUCUUCAGUCUUCAGUCCUCCGGUCGCCGUUAUGGGGAUUGACCGGCGGCGGAGAGCAUCGCUGGCUCUCACCUUGAACUUCCUCGCUUUGUUCCUGGCCGUGUCGGCUCUCACCACCAGCUACUGGUGCGAGGGGACGCGGAAAGUAGUGAAACCGUUCUGCACCGGGCCGGUCACCACCAAACAGUCGUUCUGCAUCAGAUUCAACAGCUCCAACAUCAACGACACGCGGCUGGUGCAGUACAUCUGGGAGACCGGGGAGGAUAAGUACGUGAUGAGGAAGUUUCACACCGGCAUCUGGUUCUCCUGCGAGCAGAACAUCAACAUGACCGGUGAAAACUGCAGAAGUUUCCUUUAUGUUGCACCGUCAAAUGAAAGAGGCGUGUUGUGGCUGUGCAUUGUAGCCGAGUGCCUGUACAUUCUCCUCCUUGCCACCGGAGGCAUCCUCAUGUCGAUAGAGGUGUGUCACUUUGGCAAUGUCAUCGACGGCCUCAAGCUCAACGCCUUCGCUGCCAUCUUCACUGUGCUCUCAGGUCUGUUGGGUAUGGUGGCCCACAUGAUGUUCACCACAGCCUUCCAGCUGACUGUCAGUCUGGGCCCAGAAGACUGGAAACCUCAGACAUGGGACUACAGCUGGUCAUAUAUUUUGGCGUGGAGCUCCUUCACAGCAUGCAUGGCGUCGUCAGUCACCACCAUCAACCGCUAUACCAAAACCAUCCUCGAGUUCAAGCACAAGCGCAGAAACAUCGAGAAGAACCUGAAGAUCAAGCAGAAGCUGCUGGAGCUGGACUCUCCCGAGCAGGUGUGGGACAUGUACAUCAGUUCGGUGCCGAGCACCGCAGAGGAGCUGCUGGAUCUGUCAUCCAACGGUCGUAAACUUUCCAACACCUCCAUCUUCUUAGACCUCAACGACCUGCCCGAUCCACAGGGAGAGGAGUACUGCUAGAGGAGCUGGGUGUAGCAUUUUCAAAACAUCAGCAGAUCAUUGUCAUGUUCAAUGUGGUACAAUAAUAUUAUUAACUGUAAACACAGUGAGACCGUGGUUUAGAGCUUUGGUGAUUGGUUUCUAACAACACAGUGAAUAACACACAUGUGACUUAUUCACACACUGGACCUUUAAUGUGGCUAUUGUGUUAGCAAGCACAACAUUUAGCAUAUAUGGAGCAACAUUACCAGUAUGUCCUGUUUCUGUCCACUUCAUGAAUGAAAAUCCAUGAUGUACUUUACCUUUAGCUCUGUUUCAGUCUGUACUAAGUCCUGAGAUUUAACUCUCCAGGUGUUUCACUAUGUUCUCCAGCUAGUUGCUAACCCUGACGCUGUUUGGUGCUGUGCAGGUAGGUACUACUUAUGCAUUAUUGACUAAACUAAACCAGGCUAAAAAAGCUCUGGGGGGAAGUUUAACCUUCAAAUUCAAACUCAGAUUUCAAACUCCACCACCAAAGUCAAUCGCAAGUACAAGAUAAAAUUUGCAGUGGCAGUGGUCUCACUUGUUUACAGAAACUAUACUAAUGUCUCAGAAUUGAUCCGGUGAUGAUGUAUUGAUGUUUAAAUGCUACAUGCAGCACCUUUAAUGACCAGUGCUGAACCACAUGCCGCAUCUCUCAACCACUGGAACUGGCCACGUUGACCCUACAAUUGUGUUAGUGGGUGUAAAACUUACGGUAUACCUCUGUUCAAGCAAUACUGCUGUGAGUGCAGAACUGUCAGUACAAAGAUAAAAGCUCUGUGGAAAGGACAGUGGCCUGAUCUCUCUCAGCCAACUCUCUUCCAUCCAAAAAACGAGCACACUCUGAUGACUCUCGCGCCUCUUGGCUCGCUGCCCCGUUGAAUUUUAUUCAUUGCGGAAAAUGUACAGAAGUCGCUAAAGCUGUGUGUCUGUGACUCUCAGUGACUCACUCAGCUAUAUACACAUUGCUGGGCAGCCCACUGACAAGAAGAUCCACAUUCUGCUUCUAAUAUGGUGUACACAUGCUGUAUAUUGAAAUGACUGUCUCCACCCAACAUGCGAAUCAAGCAGCAUUAAGUAGACACACCUGGGGUGUUAGUCCCUGUACUACACUAUUUACAGAGCAUUUGUAUCUGCCAUGGAAGAAGGGCAGUAACAGGAGGUGGACCAGAGGGCUGUUUCUUUACCCACAUGGGGAUACAGAGUGUACAAAAAGUGAGUGUCACAUGGGUGGAAGAUGCCUGUAGAACAUGCUGAGUGCCUUUAAUUACAGCAGCAUGCCUCUGAUCAAACAGCAUGCUCUGUGCCCACAACACUGUAACAAGGGCGAUGCUGUUUCUCCGGCUAAUAACCGCUUUAGAGGAAAACAUGUAGCUGUCUGUGCAAACUGCCAAAACUCAUCAGCGAGAGGAGUGCGCUCUCUUUUGAAGCUCUCUGUGUAAUAUCUACUUGAUGACUUUUUCUUAUGUAUUCACAGAAUUGUAUUGACGGAGAGACACAGACCAGGGUUGUUGUUAUUUGCGGUGUUUUUAAGUGCAUUUGAAGAUGUGUAUUAUAUAUUUGUGUAUUUUGUUUAUCAGUUCUGUUCAAAGUGAAGAUGUAUUGUAACUUAAAGAUUUAUUCUGGUUCAGUUUAAAUUCUUGCAUUAUUUGCUGAAGCAUGGACUGUUGUGUCUUUUUGUGUACGUCAGAUUUAUUCACAGUGGCACUUUUUGUGUAGUGUUCUUUAGUUACAUUUUUGUGGAUAAUUAUUU